AUGAUGCUCCUCGCUGCCUCCCUCGCUGCGGUCCUCCUUGCCCUGCCUCGUGCUGCCAAAGCCGGCUUACUGGAGUUCAGUGCCUACAACCUCGUCGAAUGCGACGGUGCUGUUGAAGCUGAAGGACUGGGAAAUCACAUCGGCAACUUUGAGACAUAUAGGUAUUCGUUCGGAUUGUUGAGCACCGACUACAACUGCGAGAUGUACGUGUACACUGGGCUUGAUCAAACUGGGGAGUAUGACCUGCUCUGGCCCUACGGCGAGCCGGUCGACGAGUGCACCUGGACGGACCCGGACAAUGGUUAUUUGAGCUUCAGCAUUUACUGCGACGCUAUCCUACUUUCUGAUAUGAGCUGCCUAGCGGCGUACGCGCUUGGAGGAAGGAACACUAGAAAGGAUUCCACUCCCGGACCGUAUUUUAUCAAGCCUCCACAAUGCGGAGGCACGACCAAAUUCCCGGGGCUAGCACUUCGUUACUUCGAAUACAACGGCGUGUGCUAUGCUCAGAGGCUCUUGGCUUCACAACGCGACCAGCGAUACAUCAAGAGGCAGGGCUAUCUCGUCCCCACUCACAUCGCACUCUUCCGAAGCCUCCUCGCUGCAGUACUCAGUCUCCGGAUCGCUGUUCUAGGCAGUUUCCUUGAGUCUGUUGCGUACAAUCGCCUCAGAAUGCCUCGUGUUCGCCCUAUCGAUCCCUGUGAAUCUGAUACCGUCUCUCUGAUGUGUACAUUGUCAAAGUCCCGGAGGAGAGAUGGUGCUUGUAACCUUGAGAGAAGGGGUGGGUACCUGAUCAAACUGAUCUGCUUGACCAGCUCUCGUUUUACGGCGAUCCGGGCAACACCUGUACCUGCACGACUCCGGAUUAUGGCUCUCACAGCUACUGAAUUCAGACCUGAUACGGGUUUGUGCGAUUGCACACAAGAAGGGAGACAACUCCCUGCGCAAAUGCUGGUCCAACUAUUCCACGUCAGCCGUGAGGCACUCAAAUUAAAAGGGAACGAGGAGGCGACCCUGUGGAGGGCAUCCCCGAAUAACGCCCGAACGAAGCCGCACAGCAAGACUACCGCCGGCCAAUUCAGUAAACGAAAGGAAGGAAGAAGGAGGACGGAGAUCGAGAGAGCGCCGAGCCUCCGCCUCACUUCUCACUACCUCAACAUCCUUUCUACCCCUCUUUUGUUCCGCACCUUCAAAUGGCUCUCGUCUGUGGCCUCUUAUGCCCAAAGUUCAGGUUAUGCCGGAAUUCAAUCACGCAAGACGCGUCCGGACCUCUGGACUUGGACGCGGUACGCCCUAGUCUGGCAGACAAGAGGACAAAAGUGGAAUCCCACAACUUCACCAUUACCGGAGUAUGCGCUCUCAUUCCUCCCUCUCCUGGCAAACAUCCACAUCCUCCAGUUGCGAAGGGUGCUCGUCAUGCCGGAUCUACUAGACACACUCGAAGGAUUCGGUGCUCUUACCAUACUAGACUGCGACACGUGCUCGGUCGGUCUCAGCCCCGAACAAAUCCACUUGCAUGAGGGCAAGCUCGUACUGGAGGAAUGGAUAGUGCACGAACCUCGUGGAGCUACCUGGGAGCAGUGGUCUCCCUUCCUCUGCCUCUUGUCACCAUCCUCACUCCGAUCUCUUAGCCUUUUGGGGGACGACUUCAAUUUCUCCGCCUUCAUCGUCAAUUCCCUCUCUACUCUCACCACUCUUAACCUCCACUCCCUCAAUAUCCGACUCAUCUCCACUCAUCUGCCUCAAUUCGCGUCUUUCCUCGCCUCUCAGCGACAUCUCCGCUCCCUCAAAUUGCGCGUCGAUUUUCUAUGGCAACCCUCGCGACAACUCUCCCACUACCGCCCGGCUCUCUUCCAGCCCUGGAAGCGUUAUAUUGUCCAUGCGACCCCUCCCUCUGUUCCUGCCUUCUUCCGAACCGCCCUAUUGGCAAUUUCGGACGCCCCGAGACCCCUGGCUCUCGAUCUACCUUGGAUUGACAGGGUUGAUGAAGACUUUUGCAAGCUGGUCUUACCCCUAGUGCCAACGCAUACCGUGCAGGUGACAAUAAGGGUCAUCGAUGCCCUUCCGGCUGACCAGCUCCGUCAGCGUCUGGAGGGCGCGCUGGAUGCCCUCCCUCACCUGAAAAGCGCGAGGAUUCUCUUUUGGCGGCGCACCCAGCCUCUUAGGUCGGAAGAUCUCGAAUCCACCGUUGCCCAAGAGGCACUACGAGUGCAGAAAGAUGCCUGGCGCGUACAGGGCGAGAUGGUCUUGUACUGGGAGCGGGCCUGUCCCCGCCUGACACAGGGGAGUGGAAAGCGUAUGAUUGUGAAGGAGAAUGGGACUUGCCUUGCGCAAGUGCCCAAAGUGGGGCGAGCAGUCGUCUAUGUUUUUCUCCUUCCCACUCUGAAGAGACAGAUGGAAGAGGGACCCCCAGAUGCAGCUCUGGCAGAGGUCACGCAGAUAGGGGCGGAAAGGUCACAGUGGGUUCAAGCGGUCACGAUAAGCUGGAAACGGCAUGAUGACGACGUCGAACACACGACGGCCUAUCGUAGACCGAUUAUGACUACAAUAAAUACAGCAGCGUAA